AUUGAUCACAGUCUAACUUUCUCUUUAGCUCAUUGUUGUCAUGAAGACAACAACAAGUGUUGCCAUGAACGUCGUUUGGUAGAUGGGAAUCAGUCUCAAUAGUCAUGGCGUCCAGUGUUUGUAAUGUUUACUUACGUUUCGUGUUGUUGAGUUACAGCGACUUUUUGGGAAAAUAUUAAAUCGUUAUUAUGGAAAUAUAAAUGCUGUAAUUAUGUGGUUCACGUAUGCAAAAUAUUUGAGUGCAACCUACAAAUACUUGACGUUCCAGUUGGCAGGAGUCUCAUCAAGACAUUAGUGAAUAGUUAAGGACAUGAAUAUUCUCUUCUGCGUUGUAGUGAAGUUGAAGAAAGGAUGAUGGCGAAUCGUAUACUGCCGUUGGAAAUUCGGGGUUUUUCCAGGGGCAAUGCAGAGCUUUUGCGACCACUACCAGAAAAGCCAGAAGAAGAUCUUCCUUCAAAUUAUGUUCAGACUGUUCGAGAUGCUCUUGGCAGUUUAUAUUUGUCUGAAGAAGGGGAAAGUGGUUUAUCAACACCUGUAAAUGAAACAUAUCGAACUGAUGCAUCUGACAGCAGUUUCCCAUCAGAAUCAAGUCACGAUUGGUCAACAACUACUGGUACAUUAACUGGUCGCAGUAGUGUAUAUUCAUGGGCAAAUGACAAUGAGUUUGACAGAAAAGCAGCAACAUCAGUACAGAGAAUGUUUGAAGAAAUAGAAAAUAUGUUAUAUGAAGGAAAGCAGUUUGAUGGUGGUCAUUUACUAAUGGCAGAGUGUGAAGAAUGGUAUCAUAGAUUUCCACAUUUACGGAUCCGUGGCAUCCAGUUGUUGCCAUCACAAGAAAGUGGAACAGAGGUUGUUGCUUUAGAUGAUGAUGAUCCAAGAGUUUACAAUAACAGACCCCACACAACUAUAGUUGACAUGGAAAUGGAGGACUGUGCUGCUUACCAACAGGAUUUUCAGGAACUGGCUGUCCAAGGGACAAAAGCUCAAAUUUUUUAUCAGGAAGAUGAUAUUUUGCAACCAGAAGUUGUUGAAGAGAUAUUUGCUCAAGAUGGAUGUGUAGAGGAAUUCUAUGCUUGUGAUGAAUGUUUAAGCUCUGAUGAUUUCAAAAAACAAAGACUCUCGAACCAUCAACAACGUCAUUCAGGCUUUCCACCAAUCACACCAAGUGCAGUUGCCACGGAUACUAUACUGAGUCAAAUGUUUGAUCAAAUCUGGGGAGAGAUUGUUCUGUGGUUACGAGGCUUGCUUACUCAUUAUUUAGAAAACUAUCAUCCUGUGCAUUCUGAAAAGCAAUCAGACUUCCUCAAAGAAUCAACAGCUAUUGAUACGAGACAAAUAUCGCAUGAUAACUGUCGCUUAAAGUGUGGUAUUCAAUCUGAUGAUCUUGGUAGUUUGAACAAUUUAAUGACAAUAAGAUCACUGCCAUUGCAGCAGAGAACCGCAGUUUGUGAGGGUCGCGAAAAUACGCCUCUUUGUCAGAUUCGUCCAGGUUCAAGUGGCGUGAUCAUGUCAAAACAUCAACGAAUACUGCACUGGCGAAACUCGGAACAAACUUUAAACUCAAGAUUAUCAUCAGCAAGAAUCCUAAGAAGAAAUCCUUCAAUACGACUUCAACCUAUAGAUCGAUCAAAAACACCCGCUAUUCAGAUUGAGAAUGAUGUAAUUUGUGAAGGUGUGCGAGGAACAAAACUUGUCCCUGGAAAUGAUUAUCUAUCUUUACCAACGUCAACUUCUCCCCAACUAUGGGGUUCUAGGAAUGGAACUUUACCACCAAUCGACAAGACAGAAGGAUUGGACAAUAGUUCUCGUGAAAAUGGGAAAAGCAAAGUCCAUUUUUGCCUUCGUGCAGCUAGUGCAGCUUUGAACGAGUCAAGAAAAUCGAUGAAAGAAAGAAGUUUAAUAAAAGAUUCAAGACCAAACACUACUCAUUCGUUUCGACCGCCAGAUGGCUCAUCCACUCGCCGUUAUUCUACUCCUUUGGGCUCUAUAACCGCUAGAAACAAUCAACUACGUCCUGCAGGCUCGUUUGGAUAUACUGGACAAAGUAUGAUGACUGGGAUCACAGGUGUUAGCAUGCCUAUAUCCAACUCUCAUCCCUCGACAGACCAUGUUGUCCAUGGACAUUCACAUAAGCAAAAUAAUUGUUUGAAAGAUGAUGAUUUGGCGGGAGAAACGGACAAUUUUGAUGACUCUUUAAUGUGUGGUCAUCAUCAACCUUCAGGGCCAAUCAAUAAUCGUAAAAUACGUCAUAACUCUUCAAUAAGGUAACACUGAAAUGGAUUUUUACCUUUAAAUGGCUUAUCAGUCACGAAAAAAUAUCAAGAUUAAUAAUUCGCCAUGCUAUGUGGUAUAUUCUGCGACACUAUGUAUUUUGAUGUUGCACUGAGAAUGAAUUUACUUUUACUUUAAUGGCACCGAGGUAUUUCGCAAAAUUCCAGUGCUUGCAUGUGUUGCUUUUAAAAACAGCCGCAAAACUACGGUCUUGUAAAUUUUAGAUUGAGUCUGUUGAUUAUUCGACAGAAAGAAGAUGUAAAUCAUGUUAAAUAAAACAUACCAUCGAACAGUUUAAA